AUGACGGAGCACGAGGACACGCCACGCCUGGAGCUUGAGGCCGCCCUUGGCUUCAGCGGCAACCUUCCUGGAAGUCUGGUCGCCCAUCCCGAUCAGCAGCAUCUGCUCUACGCCCUUGGCGCUUGCAUUGUGAUUCGUGACGCCAACGACACGCAACGCUCCGAGUUCUUCUACGGCCACAACGACAAGAUCAGCUGUCUUACCGUGAGCGUGUCGGGUCGCUACGUUGCAUCGGGACAGGUGACCCAUCCAGGAUUUCAGGCAGAUGUCUGUAUCUUCGACUUUGAGGAGCGCCGCCUCAUCCACCGCAUGCUGCUGCACAAGGUGAAGGUGCAGGCGCUCGCUUUCUCGCCGGACGAACAGUACCUGGUCUCUGUCGGAGGGCCCGACGACAACACGGUUGUUCUGUGGGACGUCAAGACAGGCCGCCCGCUCUGCGGCGCUCCCGCUCACCACACCGAAACGAAGGCCGUCGCCUUCUUCAACAAUAACUCGGAAAAGCUCAUCACUGGCGGCGUCGGCUCGCUGCGCGUCUGGACGGUGGACCUUGAGCUGCGCAAGAUGAAUCCAGUAGACAUUAACAUGGGCAACAUGCGCCGCUCCGUGCAGACGAUCGCGAUCGAGAAGACGGACAAGUACGCGUAUUGUGGUACCACAUCUGGCGACGUCAUAUGCGCCCUACUGCAGCAGGCCAACAUCUUCAAGAUGCAGGGACCACAGAAGAAACUCUCUGGCGGUAUUCUCUCCACCAUACUCACCCACACGGGCGACGUAUUGGUCGGCAGCGGUGCUGGAGAGCUGCAACUGCUCUCGAAGAUCAACCUCACGGUUCAGAAUAGCACCAACGUCAACGGUGGUGUGACGGGACUGGCCCUCAUGGGAGAGAGCUUCUAUGUCGGCACGAAGACAAGCAACUUGUACUUUGUGAAUGGCGGCAACUUCAUGACGCGACUGCGCCUCACCUGCCACAGCGAGGCGGUGCAGGACGUUGUCUUUCCCCAUGGCUUCAGCUCUGUCUUCGCUACCUGCUGCGAUACCGACAUCCGCGUCUGGAAUGCGAACUCGUGCACGGAGCUGCUGCGGAUUGAGGUUUCGAACCGGACGUGCAACUGCCUGCAGUUUAGCCGCGACGGCUCGCUCAUCAUCUCUGGCUGGAGCGACGGCCGUAUCCGGGCCUUUGGCCCGCAGUCUGGCAAGCUCGUCUUCUCCGUCGCCGACGCGCACAAGGUAGAGCAGGGGACCCGUAGCCACAAGGUUGGCGGUAAGGCCGGGGUGACGUCGGUGUGCGCCGACUACACCGGCCGCCGCAUCAUCACCGGCGGCUCUGACGGCCUCGUGCGCGUCUGGGCUAUCCACGGCACUAACUGCACGCUGGAAGCGUCCAUGAAGGAGCAUAAGACGGCUGUGAACGACAUUGUCAUCUCGCACGAUGACACCGAGUGCGUGACCGCCAGCGACGACGGCAGCUGCAUCGUAUGGGAUCUCACUCGCUACCUCCGGCGCAACAUCAUGUACCGUCAGACCUACUUUCGGAGCUUGGAGUACUACGUUGAUGAUAGCCAACUGAUCACGUGCGGCAGUGACAAGUGCAUUGCCUACUGGGACUCCGUCGACUGCCACGCCAUUCGCGAGGUACCUGGCAGCCGCACCGCCGAGCUGAAUUCACUGUCCCUGUCGCCUGAUGGUCGGUUCUUUGUGACGGGCGGCAAUGACCGAAUCGUGAAGGUGUGGGACUACGACCGCGGCGAGUGUAUCGCAGUGGGGCUCGCACACAGCUGCAGCAUCACCAAGGUGCGCGUGUCCCCGGACGGCAAGAAGAUUGUGUCCGUUGGCGAUGAGGGUGCCGUCAUGGUGUGGAGCGUUGGCGACCUCGCGAUUGAGGGCCUCUAG